GCCCCCUCUUCAGCCAGCUUACUCCAUUUGUUCAUGUGACUUUAUGUGAAGAAUCGUGUAGUUGUCAUAUAUGCAAUCUUUUUUGUUCAUAACAUUCCAGACUAGCUUAGGGUGAUAGAACAUGCAGUUCAUUCCGUUUUUGCUCCUUUAUUUUGGUGAUGCAAUAUUCUAAUUAAGAUUUGCUCUUCAAACCAUGAUUUUGGCCAGGAAAAUGUAGUGUGAUGAAAAUGCCUUCUCAGUGUACUAUGUGCUUUAUCUCUCAUUGCCCUUGACCUGCAGGCAGAUAUUAACCAAAAUACUUGAAUUGGCUGUGGGCUGGUUAUUGCAAGUUUACAGAAGUCUGGAAUCAACACAGAAAAGUUUUCAUUUUAUGUAGAUUGAUUGUUUUACUUAAAGCAAGAUCUCUUUCAUCAAGUUACUCAUCAUGGACAGCAGGUUUCACCAUGUGGCUUCUGACCCCAGAUUCAAGCCUCUAAAAGCAAAGAAGACUUUUAUAUCACCUGAUGAUAAUCGUUUUAAAUCACUACAACAGAAUGCAGCACUCCACAAAACUGUUGACCCUCGUGGCAGGAAGUUCAACAUCAAGCAGUUACGAGCCCGGAAGGAUGCAGUUCUUGAUAGAACGCUGGAUAGGGAGUCCAGUUCAAAUUUGUUAUCAUCUUCAAAGAAAAGAAGAAGAGAAGGCAAAAGUGAUGAUAAUGAUUCCUCUUCAGACAGUGAUGUCCAAAGGAAAGACUCAUCUGACCCAGAAGAAGAUGACUCAGACAAUGAAGGUUUUAAUAAUGAUGCUGUUGAGCAGUAUGUUGAAAAAGAUGAAAAUGAUCAAUUGGUAGAGCAAAUGCAAGAAAAUAUAAAAGUGAAGACCAAGAAAAAGGUGCUAACAGACAAAGAAAAGAGAAUGAUGGAGCAAAUUCUUGACCCUGACAUGGACAUAGUGCGAGGUGUGAACACCUACAGUGACUCGGAGCCUUCUUCAGAAGAGGACUCGUCAUCUUCUGAAGAGGAGGAGGAGGAGUAUGACUGGGGACAGCUGGACAAAGAUGCUCAGUGGGAUGUUGAUGGAAAUACUGUUGAGGAGACCAAGCGGCUGGCCGUGUGCAACCUGGAGUGGGAUCGCUUCAAUGCUCAGGACAUUUUAGUUGUUCUUAAUUCCUUUGCUCCAAAGUUAAGUAUACAAUGCCAGUACCAAAAUUACUACUGUACUGAGAUUUUACUAUUGACCACUAAUUAUUUUCAGUGUAAGAAAAAUACAUUUUUGCUCGUUGUUUAUGAUAACAAUACGAAUGUUGAAGUAGAAGGAGAUGACGAAGACCACAAUGAAAAAAAUUAUGAAGCUAUGCGAAAAUUUUGUUUCAAUCGUUUAAAAUAUUACUACGCCGUUGCCGAAUGCAAUUCUGUGGAGACGGCGCGCGUCAUAUACAAGACUGUUGACGGGACGUGUUUUAGGAAUGGCGGUAUCAUCGACUUACGCUACAUUCCUGACCAUAUGGUCUUCGAUGAGACGCCCGAGUCCUCAUGUUCAACUAUUCCUGCGACCUAUACGCGCACCACCGCCGACAAGUUCUUAUCAGCGAACUACAGCAAAACAAAGUUCGACUGGGACGACGACCUCGACGAUCGUAAGAAAAAUCUCGAGAAUGACGAAGAAAGCGACGAAGAAAAGGCUGACAAGAAAUCAAAAUCAACGGAUUAUUUGACGCCGUUCGAGAAGUAUCUUAAGAAGAGAGAUGAUAAACAGAAGCAAAAGAAGAAAGCUAAGAAAGAAGCUAUCACUGGGAAGAAAUUGAUAAUCGAUAAAGAAGAUGAAGAUAUGCCCGAUGACCUCAAGAACGAUCCCUUCUUCAGGGAGGAGUUGGCACUGCGGAGAAAAGAAAGGCUGAAGCUCUUGAAGGAGCAUAGAGACGAACAGGACGCUGAGAUGGCGCAAGAGGAGCUAGCUAAGGAAGAAAGAAAAGAGAUGGCGUUGCUGAUGCUCGACGACGACGGCUCUGUGUCGCGAGGUGUGGACAUGAGGGAGCUGGUGCAGCAAGCCAAGCAGGACGCGGGCGGCAAGAAGAAGCUCAGUCGCUGGAAGCUCUCCAAGCUUAAGAUCAAAGAGAAGAGGUUGGCUAAGCAGGGCGUAGUGCUGCAGGAUAUUGACAAGCAGACCAGCGUAGACCACAACGCUGCUCCUGUUGCUGCCAAAGACGCGGUCACGGACGAGCGUUUCUCUGGGAUCUUCAAGAACUGGCGUGCAAACUUGGACCCUUCACACCCAGAGUUCAGCAAGCACCACACGCCCUUCAUGGACUCCCUUGUUGAAGAGGUGCAGGCUGGUGCGCGCGCCGGCAAACAGACGAAGAAGCGCCGUACUCAGAAAUAAAUUGUUCGUGUCU